CCAUUUUAGCAGUGACGAUCAAUGCACGCGACACGUCCUCCAGAGGGAGGCGUUAAGAUGAUUGGCACCUUAAAGACCAAUCACAGCAGAUUCUACGAAGCAGUAAGCCAAUCAGCUGCCGAGGCGUCAGACGUCGCUUGGUGGUCGGGACUGUUUUGAUGCUGUUGGCAAAAAUGUUACAAGGGACAUUAACCUGUAAAAACAUCAACAGAAGCGUUUUUUCGUGAGUGUUUCGUAUUUUCCGGUACGGAUGUGUAUACAAGAAAACUCUUUGCUCGGGUCGGGACGUGCCGAAAUGGACGCCCCAGCCCCAUCACCCCAAAAAGAUUUUUAGCUGUGACACCAGCUAAUCCAGUGCGCCACAUCCUGGUCCCACAUCAGCGUAAGAAACCUAACCCGUGGCUUAUUUUCUUUUCUAUGACACAUCCAAUUUAUGCCCAACUAGAUUCGGUGGAAUCGCUGUUGGACGAACUCCCAUAUAUGUUUUAUCUUGGCCUGUUCUUUGUGAACGUCCUGAUCCUCUACUAUGCCUUUCUGAUGGAGUACAUCGUCCUGAAUGUGGGGAUAGUAUUUCUGCCUGAGGACAUGGACCAGGCGCUGGUGGACCUCGGAGUGCUGUCUGACCCGGCCUCUGUCCCGUAUGACACGGAUACGGAGAUGGAUGUGUUUGAGGGCUAUCUUGAGUGACCGGCCAGACUUAGAAGAGGAAAAACUGGGAAUUUAAGUGGUGGUGGUGAUGCACACUGGGCCAGCUUGAACACACUCCCUGAUCAGUGAUGAGGGGAAAAAAUGCCUCAAAGUGGAUGCUGUUGCUGCCUUUUUCACACACAGACAUAUCAGUAAAAAAGUUGUCUCGCCUCAAAAGAAGGUAGCCUAAGGAAUACAUGAUCAGCCACUGUCCCAUGGAAAGCGCACUCUGCACCGGAUCAGCUGUCAGUCAGUCUGUUGCCAUUCCAAAAGGUAUUGCCUCCAUCCAGGCAAAGUGGGGUUUGCACUGGCAACCGUGUCCCUCACUGGACACAAUAAAAGACAGAAAGGAAGCACACUGUGCUGCAUGUGGAAGAAGACAGCUGUCACCUGUGGAUGAAAAAUGAAUGUUACUAGUGAUUCAGGUCAACUGCAUUUAAACUGAACAAUUACCAAGGCUGUGCAAGAUAAACUAGCUGACUGUGGAAGGAAGUGAAUUGAAACUUGCCAUCUUAGUCACAGUGUGAUGUCUUUCACAGGGUGGCUCAGACUGGCAGGAAGAGUGCAGGAAAACAAUGUCCACUGUAGAUCUGUUGCAUACCUAGUCACUCAGUCAAACAGUUUGUUUGAACCAUUUCUCCUUUGAAGUUUUCAGAAUACACCUUUAGUCUAAGAGGGGUUCGCUCGUCCUUCAGGUGUAAUUCAAAAUGUGUCUUUUGAGGUCAGGUCACCAAUACUGUAUGUCUGCUUCAGGGAUGUACAUAUUCUCAGGAGCACAGUUAGGAACCUGUGCACUGGCAAAACACAAUGCUGGACACAGGCCAUGAAAUUACAGGAUGUGGGAGUUGAGAGCCCCCUUAAAAAUCAGAAGUACCAAACCAGACUUGCCACUGUAAUGCAGAAAGUAUCUAAAGCGAAGCAUUUCUUAUAAAGAGUGUGUAUUCUGAUAAUCACAUUAGGAAUUUGGAACAUAUGCAAAUACUUUUUUCCACUUAAAUUUAACAGUGUUAGAUAAGUAUUGAUAGCUGUGAUCACAGCAGGCCAAAUGUGUCAAGCUGUCGUUAUGAGUCGCGUCAAAGCUGAAAAAUUUAGGAGAACCUCAGUGGUUCUCCUGAUAUUUGACUAUUUCAUCUUCUCUCUGUUGUGUACAUGUUUUCUUUUAUAUGUUACAACUGUGCAUUAUACACAAACUCAAUGCAUGAUAUUGGUUUUGUGUGUUUUUUAAGAAAUUGAUUUAGUUGCCAGACUUCUGUUUUUAUUGCACUUUUUUCUGUUUGAAUUUAGAAUGAAUUAUAAAUUUAGAAUUCAUUUUGUGAAAUGUUCCUUCUUGGCAAUAAUAAUUAACUGGAUUCAAGCAUUGUGUAAUUCAGUGGUUAUAAGAAUGAGAACAUGCACAGAAUCAGGUAAUUCUUCCACCCGUCUGUUGAGUGUGGUUGUGAAUUGGUGAAAGGAAACCACCUCGCGUCUGUGACAUUUUUAAAGGGAGAAUACACUUGACUUUCUUGAUAUUUGUAAGCCUUGGAAGCACUGUAUGUAGUGUAAUUCUGUGAAGAGCUAAUUAACUAAUCAUUGAUUUUGGAAGCAAUACAGAGGAGCCAAAAUUUUCUCAUAGCAUACAGCACUUUACUCUACCAGAGUAAACAAACUGUGCAUAACCAUCAUUGCAGUGUGGUUUCUGAACAUGAAAUGGCUGAAGUCAUAGAGACAACAAACAUUUCAGAGUACUUGUGCAUGCAUGUUUCAUCACCUAAACAAGCUUUUACCAGAAUUUCAUUGCCUGACUUCACCAAUUUGUACAUUAGAAUUUAUUAGAACAGUGGUUUCCAAAGCGGGGUCCUGGAAGUUUUUGAGAAGCUUCCAGGAGGUCAUGCCUGUUGUUGUGAGUUUCACACACUUUUUUGAUGCAUCAGAGAACAUUGAAAAGCAAAAUUCUUAUCAGAUGGGGGACCCUGGAACAAUUUCUCAUCAAAUGGGGGUCUGUGACAUUGACAUGAAAAAAAUUGAUAACCAUCGUGCAAGGCAGCCUUCCACUCAGAUGAUGUUUCACCACAUCCUGCCUGCUUAGCUCAUAAAAUAUAGUGCAUUAAAUAUCGACAUAUGCAUCCACAGCCACUUUGUGUAAUGCAUUAAAAAGAAAAUGCCGUGCUGCAACACCAGAACAGAGAUGUCAGAAAUUAGUGUCAAACACAUGGAUAACUGUUUUUCAAAGUUUGUAGAGUUCUGCCAGUGUUAAUUGAUUACUGAUGAUUACUGAUAACCAAAUUCUUUCUAAUUUUAGUAUUAGUUUGUUUGUUUUUUGUUGUUUUUGUUUUUUUUUACAAUGAGUUGUUUAUGCUUUUGUAUAAAUCAUUGUCCAUAUUUUACCAUCUUUGACAGGAUAAAAAUCCACCUGAAAUGGCAUUUAGAUCACGUGAUCACAAAAAGCUCAGGAUGCUAAUAUUUAUUAAAUUAUAAAAAUAGGCCGAUUUUGUUAAGUGAUCAGAUACAUUAAUGUCUGUGUAUGCGUUGUCCAGAUUUUUUUUGUUUGUUUGUUUUUUCAAAGAGAACAUGGUGCUGACAGAAGCUUGGGGUAGUUUUCAACAUAAUUAUUAAAUUCUAAGUGAAAGUACAAUAAAGUUUAUGCUUGUAUGAAAUUGGAAUUAAAAAAAGUCAGAAUCAAUACCAGAUAAGGUCUUAGUGUAGAUGAACAGUAAAUCUUCAGGAAGAUGCUGGAGGUGGACGACACUGACAGGCUGAACUGUGUGUUUUUAACUAAUUAACUGUGGCUCCCCAUCUUCUAAAAAUUAGUGGCAAGUGAAGCAGUCAGAGGGAAAUCACUGGUGUUAGUUACAGUCAUGAAACUGUCAUUUCCCCAGCAUGAUACCACAUUGCUGGUCAGGUCCUGAUCAGUUCUGCUCACAGUAUCUUAGUUUAGUGGAAACCAAUGAGACUUUACGAGGACUGCGACGGAUGAGAGCUUCUGGUUGGGUUGAUGGAUGUAUCGUCCUCAUCAACAUACCGCCUUUACCCAAUGCUUGUGUCAUCCCUCCUCAUAUACUUCUUUGCAGACAUGCACAUGCUAUUAUAUGCUAUGGAUUGAGACAGAGUUUUAUUUUCCAAUGUAUUUAAUAAACUAUGAGUGAAUACUGG